CCUCGCGUCUUCGUGCUUUAUCGUCCAGCUCCGGAGCUAGUUGUUGCUUGUCUGAGCGGUGAUUGACUAUAAUGGCGACGCGAUUAUUCUGAGAGUAGUCUAUGGCACCGUCUCUGGCUGAUAAAGGAUACAUGUCGGAGGGUUUUUUCUGCAUCGCAGACUAUAAUAAUAAGGACAAGCAACAUCGAAAAGGAGCACAUUCACCCCGGCCACAGGGAGCCAGGAGAGCUUUAUCCUGCUAGCAGCGAUAGCUAGCAACUCCGCUCACUAGCCUGCUAAGUUGAAGAGGUGGGAUUCAAGUGUGUGGACUGGAGGAGAGGGACUGGGAGUUUGCUGAGUACUGAGAUCUAUCUGCACUAGCUGUUGGCUACUUUCAAGCCUUUGGGGUAUUAACUUUCUCACUGCCAGAGGCAACACUUGGACGCCACUGGCUCGAGGUUGACGCUAGCUUGUUGUAAUAGUUUUUGGGAGAAGAUCCAGAAUUCUCCUUGGGUAGCUAACUACUGCUACACACAGCUAACAGGCUAGCUUUGUGGAUUGUUCCAGUCUCCUUCCUGUUAGGACUUGCUCUCGCUUGCGUUUGGAAACUCUCUACCAGUGCACACAUAGUUGGCUAGCAAAGAGUGCUAGCUCGCUAACUUUUAAGGAUUGUUGUACCUCUGCGACAUCUUUUCUUAAAUGACCACCGGCAGGAAUAACCGAGCCAUGAUGGAAGGAGUUGGAGCGAGAGUGGUUCGCGGACCUGACUGGAAGUGGGGGAAGCAGGAUGGAGGAGAGGGACAUGUCGGCACCGUUAGGAGUUUUGAAAGUCCAGAGGAGGUGGUGGUUGUCUGGGAUAACGGGACGGCUGCCAACUACCGUUGUUCUGGAGCUUAUGACGUGAGGAUAUUAGACAGUGCUCCAACAGGCAUCAAGCAUGAUGGAACCAUGUGUGACACCUGCCGUCAACAGCCCAUCAUUGGUAUUCGCUGGAAAUGUGCAGAGUGCACCAAUUACGACCUCUGCACAACCUGUUACCAUGGAGACAAGCAUCACCUGAGACACCGGUUCUACAGGAUCACCACCCCAGGCAGCGAGAGAGUACUUUUGGAGUCACGUCGCAAGUCAAAGAAAAUCACAGCCAGAGGAAUCUUUGCUGGUGGUCGGGUUGUGAGAGGAGUUGACUGGCAAUGGGAAGAUCAGGAUGGAGGGAAUGGGAGGAGAGGAAAGGUAACAGAGAUCCAGGACUGGAGUGCGGCCAGCCCUCACAGCGCUGCCUACGUACUGUGGGACAAUGGGGCCAAGAACCUGUACAGAGUUGGCUUUGAGGGAAUGUCGGACCUCAAAUGUGUCCAGGAUGCCAAAGGAGGGACAUUUUACAGAGACCACUGUCCGGUUUUAGGUGAACAGAAUGGCAACAGAAAUCCUGGUGGCCUUCAGAUCGGGGACCUGGUAAACAUUGAUCUGGAUCUCGAGAUUGUACAGUCCCUCCAGCAUGGACACGGAGGAUGGACGGACGGCAUGUUUGAGACGCUCACCACCACCGGCACAGUGUGUGGCAUCGAUGAGGAUCACGACAUUGUGGUCCAGUACCCCAGUGGGAACAGAUGGACGUUCAACCCAGCAGUGCUGACAAAGGCCAACGUAGUGCGCAGUGGUGAAGUCGCAGCCGGUGCAGAGGGAGGCACUUCCCAGUUCCAUGUGGGAGACCUGGUCCAGAUCUGCUACGACAUUGACCGCAUCAAGUUACUACAAAGAGGCCAUGGAGAAUGGGCUGAGGCGAUGCUGCCUACCCUGGGCAAGGUAGGCCGUGUGCAGCAGAUCUACUCUGACAGUGACCUUAAGGUCGAGGUUUGUGGGACAUCUUGGACGUACAACCCUGCUGCCGUCACCAAGAUCGCCCCGUCCGGCUCCGCUGUCAGCAACGCCUCUGGAGAACGCCUGUCUCAGUUAUUGAAGAAACUAUUUGAGACACAAGAGUCUGGGGACAUCAAUGAGGAGCUGGUCAAGGCAGCAGCCAAUGGAGACCUGGCCAAAGUGGAGGACAUUCUUAAGAGACCCGAUGUGGAUGUGAACGGGCAGUGUGCUGGACACACCGCUAUGCAGGCAGCCAGUCAGAACGGUCACGUGGAUGUCCUAAAGCUGCUUCUUAAACACAACGUGGACCUGGAGGCUGAGGAUAAAGAUGGAGACCGAGCAGUGCACCACGCAGCUUUUGGUGAUGAAGGCUCUGUCAUUGAAGUGCUGCACAGGGGCGGUGCAGACUUGAAUGCCAGGAACAAGCGAAGGCAGACUCCAUUACACAUAGCUGUCAACAAGGGCCAUCUACAGGUGGUUAAAACCCUUUUGGACUUCGGCUGCCACCCUAGCCUUCAGGAUUCAGAGGGUGACACACCUCUUCACGAUGCCAUUAGUAAGAAGAGAGAUGAUAUGCUGUCAGUGCUGCUGGAGGCCGGUGCUGACGUCACCAUCACCAACAACAACGGGUUCAAUGCUUUGCAUCACGCCGCCCUGAGAGGAAACCCCAGUGCCAUGCGUGUGCUGUUAUCCAAACUGCCGAGGCCUUGGAUCGUAGACGAGAAGAAGGACGACGGUUAUACUGCACUGCACCUGGCCGCCCUCAACAACCACGUGGAGGUGGCUGAGCUUUUGGUGCACCAGGGCAACGCCAGCUUAGACAUUCAGAAUGUCAACCAGCAGACUGCAUUACACUUGGCAGUGGAGCGCCAGCACACCCAGAUAGUUCGGCUGCUGGUGCGGGCAGAGGCCAAGCUCGACGUGCAGGACAAGGAUGGGGACACGCCGCUUCACGAGGCACUGCGUCACCACACGCUGUCCCAAUUGCGGCAGCUCCAAGAUAUGCAAGAUGUCAGCAAAGUGGAGCCCUGGGAACCUUCCAAGAACACGUUAAUCAUGGGCUUGGGCACCCAGGGGGCAGAGAAGAAGAGCGCCGCAUCCAUCGCCUGCUUCCUGGCAGCUAAUGGAGCAGACUUGACCAUUCGUAACAAAAAGGGCCAGUCCCCUCUAGACCUGUGUCCUGACCCCAGCCUCUGCAAGGCUUUGGCCAAAUGCCACAAAGAAAAGAGCAGCGGCCAGGUGGGCACCCGCAGCCCGUCUCUGAACAGCAACAUCGAGUCACUGGAGGAGUGUAUGGUGUGUUCGGACAUGAAGAGAGACACUCUUUUUGGGCCCUGCGGACACAUCGCCACCUGCUCCCUCUGCUCGCCUCGUGUCAAGAAGUGUCUCAUCUGCAAAGAACAAGUGCAGUCGAGAACUAAGAUCGAGGAGUGUGUAGUCUGCUCCGAUAAAAAGGCAGCGGUGUUAUUCCAGCCCUGUGGUCACAUGUGCGCUUGUGAGAACUGUGCCAGCCUCAUGAAGAAGUGCGUACAGUGCCGGGCUGUGGUGGAACGCCGCACCCCCUUCGUACUUUGCUGUGGAGGGAAAGGUAUGGAGGAUGAUGCCGCUGAUGAUGAUGAUGAUGAUGAUGAUGAUGAUGACCUUACAGGGAGCUCUAACAGUAUGGCAGGGGGAUCCCAGGAUCUUCUCCAGCCCAACAAUCUGGCACUAAGUUGGUCCAGUGGAAACAUCCCAGCCCUGCAGAGAGACAAGGCGAACACCAACGUCAACGCUGACGUGCAGAAGCUACAACAACAGCUUCAAGACAUCAAGGAACAGACCAUGUGUCCUGUGUGCCUGGACCGGCUGAAGAACAUGAUCUUCAUGUGCGGCCACGGAACCUGCCAGCUGUGCGGGGAUCGAAUGAGCGAGUGUCCCAUCUGCCGCAAGGCCAUCGAACGCCGCAUACUCCUCUACUAGACCUGCCGACGAACUCUCUUUGCUUCUCUUAAAGCCCACGCUGAACACGCUCGCCACGCGGCAACCACACCUGCUGCUGCUGCUGCCUCCAUCCUCACAGCCACCCGCGUCAGCCAGGCACAUCUUAUUCUGUCCCACAAACGCUUUCUCAGUGGGUCGAUAGCGUUCAGGUGGAAUUCCUGUUACAAAACAAGGAAAAUCGAUGAAUUGACUGAAGUUAAUUGCGCUGUCCUGUCGCCGUCAGUGCAGCCAGAAAGAAAGACGCCUGUUUCAGAGACUUCAUCCUUUUCCCUCCCACCCCCCCAUCUUCCUUUUUUGUGUUGUUUCCAUUUAUUCUCUCAACAUUUCAAACAGUUUUCCCGUCUUCGAGUCCAAAGUUCAGAUUCAGAGUUUUGGAUGUGAUCACUUUGGGUUAUCAGCUGAGUGAGAAGCGUGAAGGCGACGAAGGCGGCCUGUUACCGUUUGAUGUAAAGUUCUCAUUCAUCUGUUUGCAGUCCAGUGCCCACUGCAGCCAGAUUUUAUUGUAUUUGUAAACAUUUAUUCAAGUGUAUUUUUAUUGGAAGCUCCUUUGUUUAUCACGACAGUAUGGCAGUAUGGUUGCAGCUUUGGCUCUUGCAACGCUCUGCUCACCGACUGUCCCUGCUCUUAAAAACCAAAUGUUGGCAGUUUUUGCACUAGGAAAGCAGGGUUUAAAUACUCCGCCCCCCCCCUACGCUGACUCCAGGGGGAACCCUUGGAGCUCAGUGACAAAACGCAGAUAUAGUAGUGUAACUGCCAGGUAGCACGCUACACCCCGUACUUUGUUUACUGAGCUGAGUAACGACAGCAGUGUUGCGACACCCUUUCGGCUGCAGAUUUAAGAGCUGCCGUGCAGGGAUUCAAGACAAACACACCAACUCUUUCGACUUCUGUCCACUGACACCCCCCCACCCCUCUUGUUGUAAUUGUUUGUUCCACACACAAACCCACAUGAGGCAAACAUUUCUGUAACAGGAGAAUCUUGUCGCCAGUUGGUGUUAAAGUGUUUUGAGACUUGGUGGUAUUGUCUAACAAAAAAUAAAUAAAUAAAUAAAUAUAUAUAAAUAUAUACAGUUCACUAAAUUGCUAAUUUACCGGUGAUGACAUCGUGCCAUUUGCUUCCAAAAAAACAAAACAAAACUUGUGAACGAACAUUGGGGGGUAAGGUGCUCUUUGUGUUACUAUUUUUUAAUUUAAGUGUAUUUCCUUUUCUCAAAGUCUACCUAGUACAAUCUAUUACAACACUAAGAUGAAAAUAUAGAGUAAAUUAUUUUGUAUCGCUGCCCAAACAAUAGGACUUGUAGGAGUCACUGCCUUCCUACGAUGUAGCCUCAAAGUCUCUCAAUCUGCUCCAAUCUUUGUGUUUUUUUUCCCAUUUUUUGACAGUAGCUUUCUAGAAAUCAUCAGUAGAAGCUUUUUAUUUUUUGUGGCAGAGUUUUAAGGCAAACCUGUUCAUUUGUAAAACAAAACAAAAAAAGAAAACCUUUUUUGUCAUAAAGUGUCUGUUUUUUGUGUUGUUAUUUGAGAGGAAAGAUAAACUUGCCUUACCUCUUUUAAAAAGCAGUUGCCCGUGCGGCGACUCGGCAAAGCGACUAACUGCUUGGGAAUUUGCAACCACAUACAAGCUUAAUUUUUUUGCCUUUUAAGCAACUUUAGUACAGUUUUGUUUCUUUCCUGAUCACGACUCUAUAAGCUAGAAGCACUAAUACGCUUUAUGGUAGUAUUUUUUGUUAUGGUUGUGUUUGAACAAAAAGCCCAUUUGUUCUUUAUUUUCAGUACCUGUAACUGUCCUUGUUAGACCUGUAGACGGUAGUAUUUUCUUUGGCAUGAAUGUUUGACAUAUGCAGUACGACCUGUGUCAAUAAAAGAAAACGUUCAGUCUGUAUUGCUAAUAAGUGCUUUUUAAAAAAAAACAACAAAAACAACCGUAUAGCUGAAAUAAAGGCCUCCGUGAACCAAGAGACAUUAAAGUCUCUGUUUGUUUUUAGAUUCUCCUGAAAUUUUAAUGAGCUUUUCUUAUGUUUGUUUUUGUUUUAAAGUUGAGCUUACAUGUUAGGGUCUUAUAGGCGAGAAAAUUAGCAUUUUGUUGCUUUUCUCCUGCUGUGCAGUGUCUGCCCUCGCAGAGGAGACGGGUGGCCCAGAAGGGAGGCGAGAGGUAAUUGAAAAUGCUAACACCUCAUAAUGACUCAGCACCAGCGUGCGAUAGGUCAGCUGUGCUAAUCAGAAAGAGACAGAAAAGAGCAAGAGUGGGGUGCGGCGCGGUGGGUUUAGGGAGUUUAGAGUGAUGCAUCUUCUCCGCUGAGCAGUGCGACAGCAGGGCAUCUCCCGAGCAGUGAGAAAUUAUGACCAAAGGCCAUUUAUGUUCUAGCUCAUUGACUAGUCCAUUCAUAACCUGGACGUCUUUGAGCUUGUCUCACAUGCAGCAGCAGUAUACAGCUGCUCAGAGCAAGACAUCCAUCAUGCUGUCAUCCUCUCACUCAGUGAACACUGUACAGGAGGCCCUGACAACUUUUUCAUACCAUCUUGGAUCUCUGUGACUUUUUGCACGAGGCCCUUACAGAUGCUGUAAAGUCUCCUGGCAAAUCUGUGAUGCUUUGUCAUUUACAUGCAAGUACUAGUCUUUAAAACAGUAGAAGACCAUAUGGUUUACCAGCUACAUUGUUACGGAGUCGCUAGCCUAAAUCUAAUUUAAACUACGUGUCAGUGGGAUAAAAGCAACAUACUUUCCUUUAUUGAUGGAUAAAAGUGGUGUGGUUGACACAAAUCUGUGGAGGCUUGUUUCCACCACUGGGAGUGGAUAUUUAUGAGCCAAAAUUUUUACCUACUAACUCAAACUUCUGAUAAAAUAACUUCAGUGGUGGGAAUGUGCUUCCAUAAAGUCGUUUCUGGUUAAAAAGGCUAAAGCUGGAAAUUUCCUAGCAGUAGCAGGUCAUAGGCUUGACUACCAGUACACAUUUACACACACAAACAGAGGCCCACAAGUUACUUAUUUUUCUGAGACUAGUAAGAAACUGAUCUAUCUGACUGAUCAGCCUCAUCUGAGGCAUCUGGGGUCAGCUGUGAAGCCGUACCUUAUUGCCCAACGAUGUUGCAGACGUCAUUGCUUCUCUGGAAAUGUCUUUCACAAGAGUGACUUUGGUUUGGGAUAUUCAACCAUGACAUGUGAGUGUAAUGUUCGCCUCAUAAAGCCAUAAACCAUUUGAAUACCAUUACAAAACUGGCUGGUGGCGCCAGACUACUGUGUCCAUCAUUCUUGACUGACUGCAGACCCCGCUGCCAUGCUGACUGACAGUCGGGGUGCCGGAGACGCUGCUAUCUCUCGCCUUGCCGCUGCCUGAUCCUGGGGAGCAUCCCUGACCACCUCACCCACCAGUUUCAGCUGCUUGAAGACUCCAGUGUUUGCUGACGAGGCUGCGGGGGCCUGUUACUCCCACACCGGGGGGUCAGCUAAUCCACUCGCUGCCCCGCGGAGUGUGAGUGAUGGUGGCCCAGCACGGGCAGGCUUGAGUGAGCAGCAGAUAGAUAUGAAACGACCCCCGGAGAGCGGAGCGGGGCGACCACGAUCAGGAAAAUGACUGCAACCCCGCUUCGAGCCUCUGCUGUGAUCACUGAGAAGGGUCAGUGACAUCCAUCUGUCGGAGGACUGAGCGUGCCGCAGGGGGGAGGAAGGUGUAUGUCUCCCCACCCCCUCAGGCUUCGCCCUUGGCACUGGCUCUGAAGUUAUGACCCGACAGACAGAAAUAAAUGCACUCUACACACAUCUAACGUGGAGUGAAGUUCCUCACAGGGCUUGCACAUGCAGAGCUCAGAGCACAUCACAAGGUGGCGGUACACCCAGCGACUAAACACUGCUGUCAUGAAGGGCCUUGUAUUUGUGGACAGCAAUAAAGUCUGUUUUGGUUAUAGACACCAUUUUUCCUGAUCCUGCAGCUCCAAAACGACCACACCAGUUUAAAUUUACGACUGCAUGCAGAACAUGACGAGCUGUGAUCCCACAGGUCCUCUGCUAACUGAGCAAAAACCUACCCCUGGACCCAGAGUUCAGAAGUCUGGCUGAAUUUAUUGUCUCAGUUUAUGGUCGGGCUGAGCAAAGUGCAAUCUGGUUGUCUGGACAAACUCUUCGAGGACCAGAGAAGAAGGGAGGGACGUGACAAAGGGGGCCUGGAUUUGUACAUUGCUGCAUUUUGGGAUCACUUUUUUUUUUUUUUUUUAGGAAUUUAAAGCAGUAAAUUGUUGACAGACAUGAGCAGUUUUAUUUUUAACCACUGCCACAAUAAAGAUAAAAUGUCUUCA